GGCGAUUAUGGUGCUCCAGGAUUAUAUUCCCAAAACAUCGUCAACGGUGAUGGAGUCAAGUAUAAACCCAUUAUACAUAGAAAGGCCAAGUGCGACUAAUCUCGCCUGUCCACCCAAGCUGAAGCCUCUCAUUAUCCCAGAACAGGGCACAGUGGCCCUCGGCCUACUGACGCCUGUAGAGGAGACUCCAGACGAUUCCGAAGCCUCAAGCUCGAAAAUCAUCCGACCGUUGCCAGUGCCAAGUAGAAGAAACAAUCCAAGCAGACCUAGAGCUCAAUCCACCGCUACUCAGUCUGGUCAAUCUUUCGUUCCCUAGACUAUUUUCUUUAUCUGAUGCACUCCCCAGCCGUCUCUCGUCUCUUCCCGAAAUUACCCACAACUCGAAGGGAUGUAAUUCAAAUUAUCCCUGAUCCCCCAGCUGUAGUUGCUUCAACCACUAUAGAGAGACUUGUUGGCUCAGACUAUGAAGCCCCAGAAAUGUUUAUGGAUCACCAGCACGACCUUCCGUCCAAGCACACUUUUCGCAGCGGUGCUUCAAGCCUCAGCUCUCGCAAGGGUCGCAAUCUCACCGAUCUUCCUCCCAUAGAUGCUGGAACCGUUUCCACAGGGCGAAUUUCUGUUUCGAAAACUUCUCAUCAGCCUUCUCACCAUUUCACUCGAUCAGAACACCCAUCUUUAUCGAGAGCAAGAGCCAAUACCAGCGUCGCAUUACCUGGACAUCAAAUUCAGAACCGGAUUGCUUCUCCAACCGCUACCUCAAGUACAACCGCAAGCUCGUAUUCUGCUGAUGUUAACACACCAGAUACUCAAUCGCCCAAGAUCCCUGUCACAAAGGUCAAAGCAUUACCUAGCCCUCCUGUUUUAUUAGAGAAGAUCGAAGGAAAUCGAUUUCAAGUCAUGUCUAAAGAUAAAGGGAAGGGGAAGGCGCUUGAUUUCGCAGGACAAUCUCACUUUCAGAACGAUUACCAAGGAAAUACUGGACAUGGCCUGCUUACGCCACCCGAUAGCGCAAAAAGUUCGUGCCCUCCUGUGUCAACUGAACUUGCUCUGUCCGGAUUUCGAGGAGCUCGCCCCCGGGGACCCAGGACCCGCCGUUCGACUAUCUCUUGAGUGGUUCCAUGACCAGCGCUAUCGUUCCGUGAUAAUCUUUUGUUCGAUUCUUGUUAUUUUUCCCUUUGACAGCUGUUUGCUAUCCAGCCAGUA